AUGGGUACCAUGGACUUUAAGGCAGAUCCCAAUGCGGUCACCAUCAGUCUGCUGCUUAUCGUGCGCCCCGAGGAGGCAGCGAGCAAGGACAAGGGGCAGCGAGAGGCGCAGGCGGAAGGCGGCCGAGGCGCAGGUUCGGAGGGUGAUGGCAACGGGAACAGCAGAUCCCAGCGGCCUCAGGGCACGGAGCUGAACGGCCAGUGCAGCCCCGCAGAGCCCCGACAGAAGACACCACCCAUCACUUCGCACCUUGACAAAGAAACCCAAGUGACGGUGGAGAUUCACCGCGAGGAUACACCGCCGCAGCUCUUCAAGAGACUCUCCCUGGGCAAAGGUUCCCAGAGGCUGCGAGGACACGACAACAAAGGUUUCCAGAGGACUGAGGCCCCGCGGCCCCCGGGAGCGAAGGAUCUCCACGCAUAUCCGUGGGACAAAUCCUCUUUGAAAUCCAUGCCAGUAGAUCUGCAGCAAUUUAAGAAGCUGGAUGCCUAUGCAUUAGAAGUGAACGUGAAGAACAGCGUGGAAGAGCUGGUGAAAGCCCUGCUGAAACAAGCCCGGACAGACCUGGAGAAGGUCCGAGCCAUCUGGAUGUGGAUUUGCCAUCACAUAGAAUACGACAUUGUGGGCUACCACAACAAAAGCCAACGCUUGUGCAAGCCCCGAGAUGUGCUUCGGAUGGGCAAGAGCGUYUGCGAGGGCUACGCCGAGCUCUUCGAACACAUGUGCAGUCUUGCAGGGAUUCAGUGCAAGAAGCUCUCAGGAUAUUCCAAGGGAUAUGGGUACGAGACAGGGCAGACCUUCACAGGGGACUCUGACCAUGCCUGGAACGCUGUGUACCUUGAGGGAAGGUGGCACUUACUGGACAGCACCUGGGGGAGCGGYUCUGUGGAUAAGAGCUUCACCAAGUUCACCUACAGGUACAAUGAGUUUUACUUUCUGACUCACCCGGCCCUGUUCAUUAACAGUCACUUCCCAGAUAACAGYAACUGGCAGCUCCUGCAGCCCACGCUGACGCUGAAGGAGUUUGAGAACAACAUGCUGUACAACAGCAGCUUCUACACGCUGGGGCUGCUGGCUGCUCACCCCGAGACCCCCAUCAUCCAAACAGUAAACGGGAAAGCCUCUGUAUCGGUGGACUGCCGUGCCGGCACAUUAUUUAUGUUUAAGCUGAUGGGAACAGACAAACACGGUUUAAUGACUUUGAAAAAGCACGGAAUGAAGCUGGACAUCUACCCACAGCAGACGGGGAGCCACAAGCUGGAGAUCUUUGCCAAGCCCUCCAAGGCUGAGGCUUCGGACGACGUUUACAACUGCGUGGUGGAGUACGUGGUGGAGUGCGAGUCCGUGGACACGACUGUGCGCUUCCCCAAGGCCCUGCACCAGCCCGUGGGGCCCAGCUGGUUCUCGGAGCGCCACGGCUUCCUGCGGCCAUCGCACCGCGAGCCCGUGCUGCACACCAACGACGGCCGCUGCUCGCUCACCUUCACGCUGGGCAGGGACAUCAGCGUGCUCRCCUCGCUGCACGCCGACGACAGCAGCCUGGCCGAGGACAUCRGCCGGCAGCACGUGCUGCAGAUCCACCGCGGCAACCAGAUCGAGCUCAAGGUGCACCUCCCGCACGCGGGCAACUUCGCCCUCAAAAUCUACUCCAAGAAGAAGUCUGACCCCGGCAGUUACGAUUACAUCUUCAACUACCUGCUCAGGUGCCUGAACACGGAGGUGAAGUGGCCGCCCUUCCCCCAGACGUACAGCAACUGGCAGCAUGACUACGAGAUCCUGGAGCCGCUCUCGGGGCUGCUGCCGGCCAACCGCAACGUCCGCUUCAAGCUCAAAAUGCACGGCAUCGCCCAGGUGCUGGUGGAGGCCGAGAGCACCCACCGUCUCACCCAGAACAGGGACUGCUGGGAGGGCACCUGCAGCACCUCGGGGUGCACAGAAGUGGCUGUGAUGGUGCGCCAGAACGCCAACCACAGCUAUUAUACGCACRUCCUCAAAUACCAAGUUGAGAGCCAGUAACACCCACUCCUCGUCCUUACGCUCACCUGCUUGAACCAACCUCCCCAAUAUGCUCCAAAACAGCACAGCUUUAGGAGAUGGCUCAUCCUCCAACAAAUCUGUUCUUUCAACAAAUGCACAACAACACUUGCAGGCUUUUGCAAAGCCACAGGCUCAAAGGUGGUCAAGGAAGCAGAAAAUCCUGUUAAAAAAAGGAGCAGCAGUGGAAGACAUGAGAUAAAACCCUUGCCUAYGUUUCAGUAACACUGUCCAGACAAAUAGUUAGAUGAAAACAACUGUCUGCAAGGCAUUCUGUGCCAGCAGGGAUUGCUGAUUUCCAAGCUAAGGACCAGAAAAAAAGUCUUACAAGGGCUACUCCAAGAGAAUUCACCUCGUUAUGGGGCAGGAUGAAAAAAGUGCACCCUGGUUUUGAGCGGCAACAUUGGACACGAGGAACUUCAGGAUAUUUAAACCAAGUUUCUGUAUAUCUUUAGUCAAGUUUAAAAUACAUUAGAGAAGAGUUAUUAAGAAGAUGCAACACACGAAGUUUCCUUGUGCACUUCACUGUCUUACAGGUUUCARUGAUACUGGAAAAUAACUUUUUACACUGACUCUUAAAUGCAAUAAACAAAAUCAUUUUUACCUUUUUAUAUUAGAACUUUUUCUGCUGUAAUUAUAUCUGAAGCAUAUGGGUGUUUCCAUAACCAAAAUUCCAGUGAAAUGGAGAAUAAAGCUCUCAGAAACCACUCCUUACUCCAACCUGUCUAUGCAACACUGCAGCUAUAAACUGACGGGGUUUCRUGGGACAGCAGGC